GAGCCCCACGACUACAUGAUGUCCGUCUACAAGACUUUCUCCACGGCCGAGAAGCUCAACGCCAGCUUCUUCAGAUCGUCCAAGGCGGCCAACACCAUCGCCAGCUUUGUGGACAGCGGACAAGACGAGCUCCCGCUUUCCCCUCUGAGGAGUCAGCGGUACAUCUUCGACGCGUCCACCCUCUCGGAGAAAGCCGAGGCGCUGGGAGCCGAGCUGAGGCUCUACACCGAAGCGUCCCGCAAGGUCGCCCCGUCGGAGCUUCGGCUGCUCUCCUGCCGGGACCGGCGGGCCCUGGACUCCAAAACCCUGGAUCCGCAGGACCGGUACAGGCCCAGAUGGGAGGUCCUGGACGUGCUGGAGCCAUUCAAAGAAUGGAAGCGUCAGGAGGCCAGCGCGGGGAGGCCUUUCUGCCUGGAGCUCACGGCCCGGUCGGACGCCUCCGAGAGGGAGCCGGACCUCGCCCUGCUGGGCCUGCACCGGCACGCCAGGCCCCGGCGGAAGAAGGCCAUCCUGGUGGUCUUCGCCAGAUCCAAGCGGAGGCAGACGCUCUUCGGCGAGAGGCGGGAGCGCCGAACCGAAGAGCGCGGCCGCGGCAGGAGGACGGCGGCGUCCGGGGGCCGCCACGCCGCGAGGUCCGGGUCCAGAUGCGCUAAGAAACCGCUACGGGUCAACUUCCGCGAGCUGGGAUGGGACGGCUGGAUCAUCGCCCCUCUGGACUACGAGGCGUUCCGCUGCGAGGGCGCGUGCGACUUCCCGCUGCGCUCGCACCUGGAGCCCACCAACCACGCCGUCAUCCAGACCCUGAUGAACUCCGUGAGCCCGGGACACGCGCCGCCCAGCUGCUGCGCUCCAGCCAAGCUCGGCCCCGUCAGCAUCCUCUACAUCGACUCGGGCGACAACGUGGUCUACGAGCGCUACGAGGACAUGGUGGUCGAGGCCUGCGGGUGCAGGUAG